UUUGAAGCAUUGAUGAGCUGUAACAAUGAUACGCAAGGGUAUUACAGAGAGCUUUGGAGCUGCUAUCCAUGCCCUCAACACCGCUCGGCUAACAGAUGGUGUGAUUAACAGAAGCAAAAGGAUGAUUCUGGACACCCUGGGCGUUGGGUUAUUAGGAACCAGGACAGCUGUCUUCAACAAGGCUCUCACGUACAGCCAGUUGUUCACAUCUGAGGAGAGGAGCAGUGUUUGGGGUAAAUCAGACAUAACUCUCCCUCCUCACUAUGCUGCAUUUGUCAAUGGCAUCGCGGUCCACUCCAUGGACUUUGACGACACAUGGCAUCCUGCUACUCAUCCCUCGGGGGCUGUGCUUCCUGCACUGCUGGCCCUGGUAGAGACACUGCCCAGCCAGACCUCUGGUCUAGACCUGCUGCUGGCCUUUAAUGUUGGCAUCGAGGUGCAAGGCAGACUCAUGAGGUUCUCCAGAGAGGCAUACAACAUCCCUGAGAGAUUCCACCCUCCCAGUGUUGUUGGGGUGAUGGGGAGUGCUGCAGCCUCAGCCAAGCUGCUGGGUCUUUCCCCUGCACAAUGCAGUCACGCUCUGGCUAUCGCAGCCUCCUCUGCUGGGGCUCCCUUGGCCAACGCUGCCACACAAACCAAACCUCUCCACAUAGGAAAUGCUGCUCGGAGAGGCCUGGAAGCUGCUCAGCUAGCCCAGAUGGGAUUGGAGGGGAAUCCAGCCAUCCUGGAUAUGGACCAUGGGUUUGGGGUUUACUACAAAGACUACUGUCCUUCAGCAGUUGCAGAUUCUGCCUCUGGCGGCUUUAAAUGGAUUCUGGAAGAUCAGAAUGUGGCCAUCAAGCGCAUCCCUGCUCAUCUGGGGAUGCACUGGGUUGUGGAUGCAGCUCUGGCAGCCCGCAGACAGCUUGAAAAUACAGUUGGGAACUUCGACCUCAGCCACAUCCAGCACAUCACACUACGAGUACCUCCAUCCAAGUACAUUAACUGCCCCUUGCCUUCCACAGAGCACCAGGCCAGACACUCAUUUCAGUUCAACGCCUGCUCUGCUCUGCUGGAUAACAAAGUAACGGUGGCCUCCUUCAGCGAAGCUCAAAUUAACCGACCUGCUCUGAAGAGGCUUCUGGCUAAAGUGACGGUCGAGAACCCUGAAGAUAACCCACCCAGCUUUGACAAGAUGUACUGUGAGGUCCAGAUAGAAACAGAUCAGGGGCAGACUUACACAGCCAGGUGUGAUACCUUUUAUGGCCACUGGAGGAAGCCACUGAGUCACAAGGACCUGGUGGAGAAGUUCAGUGUUAAUGCAUCUUCGGUGUUGUGCACAAAGGGGGUGGAGGGAGUGAUUGAUGUGAUGGGAAACCUUGAAAGAGUAAGUGAAUGCUCAGUCUUGGGCUCAUAUCUGAGGAUGACAAGUAGUCCACAUAGGCAGCUAUACAGCAGGAAGGUUUUCUAAUUGUACAGUAUGUGAUGAAGCCAGUGUCUCUAUGAUAAACUGUAUUUUUGUGUAAUAUUUGAAACAUUUCAAUUAUCACACAUUACGGUGCAUGCCAUACACAUGCAUGCACUCAUCUUUUUCUUCUGUGGUGUUUGGGUGUGAAAUAAAGUGAACUGAAAAAGUGAA